CAAGGGCAGCCCUGCCUUCCCUCUGUUCCCUUUGGAGGAGAUGUAGAGGGUUUCUAUAGAAUUUCCUUUAUCUGUCUGUUAGCUAGACCUUGAUUCACUGGGCCAAAAGAAACACUUUUAAAAGUAGAGACUCUUCCUUUGAGCAGGGUGAGAGCAGUUGUCCCUCUUCAGCACUGCACAGCGCCCUUUCCAGGGCCUCCCUUGUGUCUUUUCCCCUUCGGAACAGGGAACCAUUGUGGUAUGUGUGUGUGUGUGUUUGGGGGGUUUCCUCCUUUUGUGCAACACAGUUUUGGAGACAGCCCUGCUCCCUGGGCCGAGAGGGACCUUUGGAAGAAGUCAUGGUUCUUUGAUUCUGAGCAGGCAGAGAACCCCUCCCAGUGGCUGUGGCUGCAGCCUCCCUUGUGCUGCUGCUGCUGCUUAGAGUGCUCAUCCCUUCAGGGCAGGGAACCAUCUUCAGGCCCUUUUGCGGCCCCCAGUUUGGGAAUCGCCAAUGUGCAUAUGCUUGUGAGUCCUUUUGAACAAAACAUCUACUAGGUAGUAUAUAUAUAUACCAUGUAUAAGAGUCUAUUCACACACACAACUUUCAUGAAACAUAUACGAUGAAACACACCAUUACUGAAGAAAAUGUCUGUGUUCUAGACCCCAAAAAGUGUGGCUGAAGGUCAAAUAAGCCCAUAGUCCUUGUACAUGUAGAUAUAUAAAAUCCUUCCAGAUCUUGUCUCUUACUAGUUCUUGUUCAGGUUGUUGCUCCUUAUCCAAAUAUUACUCAAAGUUCUUCCAGAUCUUUUUUCUUGCAAGUUCUUGUUCUAGUAGUAGCUCCUUGUACAAAUGUUGCUCCUUCUAGUUGUUGCUCCUUGUCCAAAUAUUACCCAACAAGUAUCCUAGGUAAUUUUUACCUGUUUCUUCCUGCUUGAGCAGGACUUCAUCAGGAGAAGUGAGCUAAAUACACAAUAACACAUGUAUCAUUUUAACAAAAAAGUACCUUCAACAAAUUAUGUUAACUCAAAGGGUUAGAAAUUUUUAGUUAUUACUCACAUUUAUUUCUUCCAAAGUGACUCUGCACUUACCAGUGGUUUCUAAAUUAGAAAUCCUACUGGAUACCAAGUUGUACUGGCUUCAAAUGAAACAGAUAAUGCUUAAUAUAGCCUACAGCGUAUGCCAGAUGUUUUCACUCCCCUUUGAUCACAAGGGAUGUGCUUCAUUAUCCAAUCUCAUGUCUAAAUGACCAAUUAUAUUUACAUGCAAAAAGAAACAGCAAUGCUAAACUUCAAAAGAAGCCGUGGACCUUUUAUCCUAUUAUAGAAAAUAAGAGGGAGGAUCCCAAUCUGGUCUAUUGUCAAAAGCCUCUUGGAUGACCAAACGUGCCUCCUCUAGAGGUAUAUUGGUAUAUAAUGAAUUCACAUCCAGGGUAACCAAAACAGAGGAACUAACAUCCCUUCUGCCUUAAUAAUAAAGUCCUGAGUGUCCUUAAUGUACGUUUGCACUUGAAGAACUGAAGAUUUCAAACAUUGUUCUAUGUAAGAUGAUAUCAGUUCAAAAACAGAAUUGGAGCCAGAUACUAUGGGUCGGCCUGGUGGAUGAAAUAAGUUCUUAUGUAUCUUGAGGAGGGUGUAAAAAAUCAGAAACCUAGGGUAUUUAUUGACCAAAAAAUCAGCUAACCUGUCAGAGAUUACACCCAUCAUUAAAGCUUCAUUGACCACAAUUUUAAUGAGUUUCUGAACUUUCAAAGUGGGAUCUUGAUCAAUGGGGACAUAUGUAGUCCCAUCAGCCAGCUGAGUAUUAAUUUCUAGAUCAUACUUUUCCCGAUCCUGAAUAACCAAAGCCCCACCUUUGUCCGCAGAUUUUAUGACUAUACUACCAUCAUUAGACAGAUCCUGAAAACAGUAUAUAUACUACCUAGUAUAUGUUUUGUUCCUUUGGUCUGUGUAUCCUCUAUUCUGUCAUCCUGUGAGUCCUUUUGAGAAAAGGAAACAUCUUCGGGCCUUCUUGUGUCACACAGCUUAGGUUCCAUCCCUGUUAACUGAGCAAAAGACUUUUUAAAGUGUUGUCUCGCUUACAUUUCUGGGUGGGGGGCAGGGAGCAACUGGCCCCCAAUCAACUCAGCAUUGCAUCCUUCUGAGGCGAUUGCUGGUGUCUCUCUUGAGCUGCUGCUUAGAUGGUGAGCCCCUCUGGGACAGGGAACUCUCUUCUCAUUCCUUUUGCAAUGUUAACUCUUUUUAGUUAAAAAUGGCAUAUCAACAUUUGUAAUAAUUGUGGAUCGUGAGUGUGACUGGAACGAGUGACGAGAUCACAUGGUCCCUCAUCCCUGCUUAUGUGCCAGGCUGAGAGGGAGGAGUCUGGUUUUGUUCAGACACACCUCUGCACGUCAUCCAGACCUGGGAACUGUGGGUUAAGUCGAGUGCUCAAACAUCUGGAUGUAUCUGAUUUUUCUUUAUGUCAAAAGAAAAAGAGAUACCAAAGCAGGACCAUGAAAGAUUUGGGGACAUAAGUGGUCUUGUCUUCUGUCUACCCGGAGGAAGGUCAAUCAAGAGAGGUCUGGAUUCUUGAAAUAUGGCCCAGGCUACCUGCAUGGAGGACUCCUGGAUUGGGUGCACUUCAUGAAGACUGGGGGAAAUGGACUGGGCAAGAGCAUUGGUUGAUGCAUCAGAAGUGGGGGUAACCCUGGGGGAAAGUGGCUGUGCCAUCUUAGAAUUCACAAAAUCAAGGGGAGGAGACACUUCAAGGAACCAGACGUGCACCUUGGAUUUCAGGCAAGCUGUCUUGAAUAAACUCAGAGGAGCGCCAGAUAGGAUUCCAAAACUAGACGUCCUAAAGGAAAACCUUGACAUAGACUCUGAGGGGUUCGCUGAUGAGGAGAACCCCGAUGCAAUCCCCAAAAGGCCUUUGGAUAAGACACCCUUGAAUCACAUCAUGAAGGAACCCAAGCCAUCAACCUCCUGGGAUCUCCCCACAUCUCUGCACCUUGUGACAGACCUGCUCCUCCCCGCCGGAGGAUUCAGCUUGUGGGGCCUGAUCUCUACUUGGCCUAGCAGCCUUCCCUGAGCUGGGCCUGUGCUGUGAGUUGCUGACUGAACAUUGCAUAACCUAGUGAAGGCAGGACACUGGGACUGCUGGGAGGAAACUAAAGAGGCUUUGGAAAUACUUAAGGAACAAGAAGUAAAAGUGCUGAGGAGGAAGAGUGGCAAUCGGAAAAGAAUGAAGGCAAGGAAAGCAAUGGCGAAUCCUGAGAGUGGCAUCUUCUAAUUCAUACUACAGUCCUAUAAGUGUCGAACCUCUUGAAUGUGUCUUCGCAGAAGAUGGAGAGGCAGGGCCAUCCAGAUGCAUGAAGUGCAGAAAAUGUCUCUCAAGCAAACGGCUUGCUUCUCCUGCAGGUGGCUGGCCUUCUGGCUAGUUCUAUUCACUGUGGAAGGAAAAGCUUCAGACUCUCUUCCUAAUGAAGAAAACAAAGAUGUCAAGGUUGAACUUACUAAAGCGGAUGAUAAACACAUUGACAGUACUGAGUUCCCAGUUGAAUGCAGCCUAAGAAAACUGACAAAGAGAUCCAGCUCUUUUGAUGUGUCAUGGUUCAGAGACCUGGACAGCCGGAAAACCAACUGUCAGAUUUUUCCAGUCACAACUGCAACACUGCCAGUUCCCACAACAAGAACCACAACCAAAGACCCCAGGAAGGCAACAACUUAUCACCCAGCAGCAGCUUCAGCACAGGAAGGUCCCCAGCUUUUAUAUUUUCUGCCUUAUUACCCACCCAGACAACAUAUACUCUAUACAGCAUUAUUUCCUAUUAACAGAGGUCUCAGUGGUUAUAAUACCAUCUGGUAUAACAAAUUCCAAAGAGAUGAUUCCUCUGAGGAAAAGAGAAGGAAAAGGGACACACUUGCAAUAUUCUACAGAAAAGGAGCAAGAUCUCUCUAGAGGAAUGAGCUGUCUCUUCCGAUAGUAAUUAUAAUUUGUUUGUUUCAGCCAUUAGCCAUGACAAAGAGAUGACAGACCAGCAUACUAAGUUGAAGCAAUGGAUUUAAAGCCUGGACUUUGCUUGCAGGGUUUUUGUGGGUAAGAAGAAAAAGGCAGACCUGCGGUUAGGCUUGCUUGUUUUAUAAAUCUGAAAUUAAAUGCUAUUUGUGAACAGG